AUGGCCAAUGCACUGGCCCUGUCGGACGACCUGGAGAUUGCAAUGGCUAAACAACUGGAACUCACUGAAGAGCAAAUGGCGAACUACAGGAUGUCCUGGUGCAGGAAAUGGUUCAAAAGAGCUUCUCAACUGGCAGAGCAAGAAACAGCUGAUCGUCUGAAGCGACCGGAACACGUCAGACAAAAUACAGAAGCCAAACGCUUGCUACUCACUGAAGAGAUCUUGCAAGACAUUUCUUAUGAAGACAUGGGUGUGUUGGACAUUCUUCGGCACGGGUCGACUUUGGUUGGGGAUGUUCACAAGUGUUCGCUGUUCAAAGCACAGUACAAACCUUGCAUGGCCACAGUUGAACAAUUGGUUGCAGGUUCGGCCAAGAGGAAUCAGGCAAUAGUGAAGAUGGCUGCAUCGUGUGGCGAGUUAGAACUGGACCAGAAGCUCCUAGAGGAGACGCGUCUUGAGCUGAGCAAAGGUUGGGCAGAAGGUCCAUUCGAGCUCUCCCAAUUGGAACAGGGUUCGGUGAUUUCAAGAAGGUUUCCACUUCGUCAAGGUUCCAAGAUCCGUAUGAUUGAUGACUACUCUGUCAGUGGGGUCAACGAGUGCACCUCCACCCAUCACAAAAUCGAUUUGCACAUGGUCGACACCUUUGCAGCUCUCAUGAAAGAACUUUUUCGGCGCUGCGAGCAUUUUGGAUCUCAUUCAGAGUUCCUCGCAAAGACCUAUGACCUGAAGAGCGCCUACCGUCAAGUUCCGAUCCGAGGUGAGCGUUUGAAGUUUGCUUACUUCUGCAUAUACAACCAUGAGCUUGAUAAAUCGGAGAUCUACAGAAUGAAGACUUUGCCUUUUGGUGCAACACACAGCGUUUACAACUUCCUCCGAUUGGCUCGUUCCCUACAUAGCAUUGCGUGUAGAGGUCUUUUUCUGCUGAAAAGUAAUUUCUACGACGACUUCAUUUUGGUUUCAAAGGAAGCAAAUCAGAAGUCGGCACAACAUGGUAUGGAAAUGAUUUUUCUUUUGACUGGCUGGGAAUUUGCUCGAGACGGCAAAAAAGCAACCGACUUCGCCAGGAUUUGUCAUGCCCUCGGAGUAGAGUUUGACCUCAGUCUUGCUCGCGACCGUAUCCUGUCCAUUGGUAAUACAGAAGCACGAAAGCAGGAGUUGAUCGAGCACAUCGAUCGAAUGCUAGUCAACGGUUGCAUGUCGAAGCAUGAAUCCCUCGUCCUUCGAGGGAGGUUAGGGUUUGCUGACAGCUUUGUUCACGGAAGGUUGGGCAAGAUGGUUCUGAACAGGAUUGUUGAACACGCCUAUGGCACAGAAGCUCGCAUUGGCAAGCCUCUCGAGAGUGCGCUGACCUGGAUGCGCCACCGACUUCUCACCUGCAAGCCCAAGAGAAUAGACUCGACUGAUCUGCAGCAAUUCUUUGUUUACACUGAUGCGGCUUUUGAACCAGAAACCUCCACCGGAGGCUUGGGCGCUGUACUGGUGAGUGAAGCUGGCAUUUGCAUUGCUAGGUUUGGUAUCUUCCUUGAUUCCAACUUGUGUGAAGUGUUUGGAUCCUCUCGGAAAGACACGAUCAUUUAUGAGCUGGAGCUUUUGAGUGCAGUCUUUGCUCUCAGAUUCUGGAAGAACUUUGCUUUUGGAAACCUGACGGUGCACUUUGGAGACAAUGAUGCAGUGCGUUUCGCGCUCAUCAAAGGAAGCGCACAAGGAGAGAUUGGAAAUGCUUUGAUUUAUUUGCAGCUCGAACUUGAGUCUGAACUCGGUUCGCAUCUUUGGUGA